AUGUAUUAUUUGUUCGUAUUUACUCUGAUCGCAGCCGCAUCUGCUGAAGUCAUAUACAAUGGACCCUGUCCUGACGUCCAGCCUAAAGAAAACUUUGACUUCUCCGCUUACCAAGGAACAUGGUACGAAAUGGUUCGUUACCCUCACGCCGGCGAAGAAGGUGUUAAGGGUAAAUGUACUCUAAUUGAAUACUACGUAUAUGGCAAUAAUAACGGCAGAGUUAAGAAAACCCACAUCGUUGAUGGUGUACAGACAUACGUUGAAGGAGAUUUGUCGCUAUCUAGACCUGGUACAAUGAUGACCACCUUGACUUUUGGAGGUGUGUCAAAGAACGCGUUCAUUACCGUACUUGACACAGACUACUCGAACUACGCUAUCGCUUACAAUUGCAAAUACUUCCCCGACGGCGACAAACAUCAAGUGAGAUCCUGGAUAAUGUCAAGGACUACCAGAUUGGACGAGAAUUCAAGGGCCUUGGUUAAUAACUACUUAAACGAAUCCAUAAUACUCGAUUCAAACAAAUACAUCGGCAACGAUUACUCCCCCGCAGCAUGCCAGGCGUCGGUUGUUAAAUCAUUGACCGAUUUACAGAAUCAAUAUUAUUAA